UGACGUUCCUUUACGUAAUCGACGUCAGUCCAAACGCCGCAAAAAUCAAACCGGCGCAGCAAUGCUUUUCUACUCGUUUUUCAAAUCACUUGUGGGUAAAGACGUGGUGGUGGAACUAAAAAACGACCUCAGCAUAUGUGGAACUCUUCAUUCAGUUGACCAGUACCUCAAUAUCAAACUGACAGACAUAAGCGUCACAGAUCCUGAAAAAUACCCACACAUGUUGUCCGUAAAAAACUGCUUCAUCCGCGGCUCGGUGGUGCGCUACGUGCAGCUGCCCGCCGACGAAGUGGACACGCAGCUGUUGCAAGACGCCGCACGCAAGGAGGCCAUGCAGCAGAAGCAGUGAUCGCAGCGCCACACACUCCCUCCUGCUUAGCAGUGCGGCCAAACUGUCCAGUGCAGCUUGCGUUUGGUACUUCAAGUUAACGACGAUUGACAGGUUUGUAGCUUUAAUCUUACCAGAAAAGCCUGGUAGCUUUACGAUCAAAAGCACAAAUGUGUUAAUCAUCGUUUAACUUGCAGCCCAGUGUGCUGAGGCUGUUUUCGGCAGUGUGAGUGUCAAAGGAUGGGUGGAUUUGAGUGGACUCACGAAAGGAUGCAUUUAAUAAACACGAGCAUUUUUCUAUGUUUCUCAAAAUCGGGUGACACUGACUCGGGUAUAAAAAUAUGCUAUCAGGACAACCCUAGGUCCUAGAUAGACAUCCCCCCACCUCACCCCCCCCCUUUUUUUUAUAUAUACAGCAUACUUUUUUAUGGAGACAUUAAGUACAAAAUGCUACUAUUGUAUAUAGUUUGUCACUUUUUUACUCGUAACUGCCACCUCUGGCUCAAAGUGUAACUGCAGCUCAUGGCACACAUGCUUGUACAUAAAGCAAUAAGCGUUUGGCCCAUUAAGUCAGCGCUAGAAAUAUAAACACUGAUAGUACCAAUUCUUAAGUGGGUUGGAUACAUGUUUUUGCCAAUCGGAGAAUAAGUGGAGGCUCGAGGAAACUGCUGCUGCCGCGGGAAGCUCAUGCACAUCUUCGCCCAGGGUGGUCGACCCAAAUGCUCUGUAUUGAAG